AUGUCCUUCGAGGAGGCGAAACAGUACCUGCGGCAGGAGGACGAAGAUGGCAACUCCUUGUACGAGCACCUGUCGCGUGUGUUACUGAAAGUCAUCGUUGAGAAGCCGCAGAAUGCAAACGCCAUGUUCGAGCAAUUGUCUCAAGAGCUGCGUGGGGCGACGCAGGUGAAACCAACGCUGCCGACGGAAGGUGAGCCUGAGAUAGCCAAGCCGGAGAAAAAGUCACAACUCGACUGGUGCGGCGCUGUAUCAAACCUCUAUGCUCCCACAGAGGGCGACGCGACUGAGAUCACUUACCCUGACCUGAUGACCGAGGCGAACGUGUACGAGUGGGCGGGAAUCAACUUCGGAAAGAUGGAGACCUAUCGUCUCUACCUAGCCAUCAAACAGAAGGCAGUAGUCGAAGCGCGGAGCCUUCGCUUCUGGGGAAAGAUCACGGGCCGGAGCGGUGACUACUUUGUCGUGCAGGGUGACAAUCCCAAUCCCCCAUCAGCAGAGGAGAUAAAGACAGUCGAGGGAGCUGAAGGCGCGAACAAGUACGCUUUCUGGGUCUGCACGCAUGCGGGCGGUACGUGGACCAAGCUUCCGGAUACCACGCCAGAGGCAAUUGUGGUUGCACGACAGAUCAAACGAUUCUUCACGGGAGACCUCGAUGCACCCGUCCCAUCCUACCCGCCUUUCCCAGGAUGCACAGAGGCGCACCUCCUCCGGGCUCAGAUCGCCAUGAUCACAAGCGAGUGCAGCAUCUCGCCCGGCGGUUUCUACGCAGAGGACGACGAGGCCGAGGAGGGCAUCAAGGCCAUUAAGAAGGUAGAGGAGAUGGAAGAUUUCAAGUCCGCCGAGGACCUCAAGGACGCCAGCAAUUGGGUCCACCACGAGGUCCCUAUCAACGUCAACGGGCGUUGCAACCAGCCUCCGGUGAACGAGGAAGAGGAGGAAGGGGCUGAGCCGGCAGACGAGCUUCCCGACCUGCCGCUUCUUGGUGCCAUUGCUGAAGAUGAGAUUACCGACGGUCCCGCGUGGUCAAUCUCAGUUUGUCCCAGUGGCGCAGGUGAGUCGCCCGACUCGGCUGUCGUCGCCAAGAGCCUCAAAUGGCCUGGCGCCGUUGCUGCUGCGUUCGGUAAUAAAUUCAUAAACGUGUACUGCGGUUUUGGCUUUGCUUCAUCGCGCGGCGUGUCUUACGAACCGCCCAGGGUACCCCCGAUUCAGAAGGAAUGGGCCCCGACGGAGGAAGAUGACAAGGGCCUCAUUGAAGAUGAAGACAAGAUUACGCAGCCUGUCGUGGAAGAGGAGGAGGAGGAGGAUGGCUAA